AACUUGUUUCAAGAUAUAAAAAGCAUAAUAAUAUUUCCAAGCAACGAAAUACUGGAACAUAUUUAACCAGAUACGAAUGUGAAGGGCUUCUUUCAAUUUUCAUUGAUUUAAUAAAUCAAUAUGCAAACAUUAAGCUUAACUAUAAGCAGCUCCAUCAGCGGCCACAAUUUAUUGGUGUAACAGAACAAGUUAAGCAAUAUAUUCAUGAACAUCUAAUACUUAGAGCAUCAAAACUUUAUCAAGAAAUUAUUACAAAAAAGCUUGAUAGACGGCAUGAUGAUCAAUAUGAAUCUGUAAAGUUAUUUUUAAGUGAGAAAGAUUAUAAAAUCAUACUUAAUUUGGAUAAGCCGAUGCAUGUAUUUAGUUUCUUAACAGGGUUUUUUAACAAAUUACUAAGGGAUGCAUUUAAUACA